UCUGACUCUUGGAAAUGGAGUUGAAUCGACAAUGGGAAGCUGAUGAAAUUUAUUGGCAGCAGAAAUCUAGAGUCUAAUGGUUAAAGAAAGGGGAUAAAAAUACUUCUUACUUCCAUAUGGUCACGCGAGUGAGGAGAAAAUGAAAUUUCGUGGCAGGCCUUCGUAGUGAUAGUGCUGAGUGGAUCACUAAGAAGACUAGGGAGGCAGAUAUUGCCAGUAGUUUUUAUCAGAAUCUUUUCACUUUGGAGAGCCAUGUGUGGAACAUGGUUGAUCGGGUGGCUGAUCUUUCCAUAGCCCAGAGUAUUACACCAGGAAUGAAUGUCAGUCUUAUGGCUGCAGUCCUUCCUAGUGAAGUGAGCAAAACGGUUUUCGCUAUGGGCUCGAAACAGGCACCAGGUUUUAAUGAGUUCACUGGGAAAUUCUUCAAAGCCUUCUGGAGUAUUGUUGAAAACUCAGUAGUUGAUGUUGUCUGCUCUUUUUUUACGACGAGUAAGAUGCUCUGUAGUUUCAAUCAUACUUGGCUGACAUUGAUCCCCAAAGUGGACAAUGUGGAAACCAUGAGACAGCUACGUCCAAUAAGCUUAUGCCAGUUUGUAUACAAAAUUAUAACUAAACUCAUGGUUGAACGGCUGGCUUGUCUCUUGCCACAAAUAGUCUUAGAAGGUCAAAAUGCUUUUAUCCGUGAACGCCAAAUAGUUGGGAAUAUCCUCAUGGGACAUGAGUUAAUGCAUUAUCUGAAAAUCAAGAAGCAAGGUAAAAAAGGGUACAUGGCUCUAAAGGUUGACAUGGAAAAGGCCUAUGAUAGAGUCGAAUGGCCAUUUCUCAUUGAUGUUUUGGACAAGAUUGGUUUUAACUCCACCUGGAGAGGAUGGAUCCAUGAAUGCCUGAAAUCAACUUAGUUUUCUGUUCUAAUAAAUGGCACCCCUUCGGGCUACUUCACGCCUUCCAGGGGACUUCGACGGGGAGAUCCUCUACCUCCUCUGUUGUUUAUGCUCUACACGGAGGGAUUUGCAACUCUUCUAAAAAAGGCCAUCUCAGAACGAAAACUUGAAGGGGUUAAAGUGGCUCAUCGAGCUCCGCAAAUCUCGCAUUUAUUCUUUGCAAAUGAUUCUUAUUUAUUUCUUAGAGGGUCUCUCCAGAAAUGUGAGAAUCCGAUCGAAGUUUUGAAUGAAUACGAGGAGAUCAGUGGCCAGAGGGUGAACAUGGCUAAAUCAGCAGUGUGCUUUAGUAAGAAUAUCACCCUGCCAGAUCAGGAGUUCCUGUCCCAGAUUUUGGGGGUUGUGGCAGUAGGGGUCCAUGAUAAAUAUCUAGGAUUACCUACGCUAAUAGCCCGAUCUAAGAUAACUACAUUCCGCUAUUUAGAAGAGAAGUUGUUGGAACGCCUACAAGGAUGGAAACGGAAGAUUUUUAUCUUGGGCAGCUAAGGAGACCUUUAUCAAAUAUGUUGCUUUAGCCUUGUCGUUGCAUGCAAUGUCAUGUUGCAAGUUACCUCUAUCGCUGUGUCGGCUCCUGGAUAAACAUGUGGCUCGAUUCUGGUGGGGUGUUGAGGAGGGUCAUGCAAGAAUUCAGUGCAUGUCCUGACGCAAUAUGUGCAGAAGUAAGCAUGAUGGGGGGAUGAGCUUACAUCGAUUUGAGCACUUUAAUCAGGCUCUCAUAGCCAAAAUUGGUUGGCUUAUCCUAAAUGAGCCUCACUCCCUCCUAGCCCAUGUCUAUAAAGGAAAGUAUUUUUCCACUAGAACCUUCCUCACUAUUACGGCGCGCUCUCGCCCAUCUUGAGGUUGGCAGAGUAUCCUCUAUGGCAUGCGGCUUUUAGAAAUGGGGUUACGAUGACAGAUUGGUAAUGGUCAUACGACUUUUUUACUCUAUUCCAGCUGGAUUCCUGGUCUACAUCCAUUUGCCCAUGUGUAUAAUCCCCAGGUGUUACCUGAGGGGGGUAAUCCUCUGGUGGCGGAGGUUCUCUGUUCCGGGGAAGGGCGAUGGUGUGAUAACAAACUUAGCCAGUGGUUUGAUCCGCCAACCUGUCGGGCCAUAAAAUCUAUUCCCCUCCCACGCCAAAAUGUGGAAGAUAGACUAAUUUGGCACGACACGACUGAUGGGGUAUUCACUGUUAAAUCGACCUACCAUCUCGCGGUCCUAUUGGAUAAGCGGGAAAAUCGGUGGACGUCUAUGGCUAGUUGGAUGGAAAGGGCUAGUUGGAUUCGUUUAUUGGAAACCAAUAUUCCACCUAAAUUGAAGGUUUUUGUUUGGCAAAUCUUUGACCGAAUCCUAACAACUAUGGAAGCCUUAAUUGAGAAGGAUGUCCCAGUGUUCCCUAGAUGUCCAUUUUGUUGGACAGAGUAAGAAACAAUGGAACGUUUAUUUCUUAUUGUCCAGUGGCCCGCAUCCUUUGGGACCAUUCAGGGCUAGAGUAUCUUGGACAAGGGUUGCCUCGUCAAACUUUCCCGCUUUUUUCUAAAAAAGUUGAUUUCUCUUAUACACCAACCUACGUUGUUCAUGACUGUCCUUUGGAGGAUCUGGCGAUCUCGUAACUGGGUUGUAUUUGAGGAAAAGCAGUUUGGGAUCCCGACUAUGAUGCGACAAUUUCACCAACAGUUUGAGGAAUGAGUAAGUUUGUCGAUGGACCACGUUCUUCUGCACUCCACUCCUACGACUAGUGAUGGCAAUGGGUCGGGGCGGGGCGGGGCGGGUACCUUAAUACCCAUGCCCCGCCCCACGCUAGUACGGGUCGGGGCGGGUAAUACCCGCGCGGGAACGGGGCGGGGCGGGUCGACCCACUCUUACAUGCUAUUUGAGAAAAAUACACGCACAAUUUUACUUUUUAUGAUAAAAUGAAGGGGAAAAUACUUGAUGAAUGACUAAUAGUGAUAAUAUAAUAAGUAAUUGAGUCUAUUUAGUUGAAAGAUCAAAUCUAAAUAGUUGAAUAAAAGUCAAAAUAGGAGAUAUAUGAAUGGAUGGGGUAAAAAAUUGACAUAGAACGGGGUAAGAAUGGGGCGGGGCGGGGCAGGGCGGGUCGGAAGUUGAUACCCAUGCCCCGCCCCACGCUAAUGCGGGUCGGGUAAUACCCACCCCAUCGCGGGUUAGGUCGGGUAUUACCCGGCGGGGCGGGUUCAAAUUGCCAUCCCUACCUACGACACAUCACUUGAGUCCCGGGGGGACUAACCAGGUGGUGUGCAUGUGGGAUGGGGUUACCCAGAGUGGGUCUCACUCGGCAGGAGGGAUGGUGCUUAUGACCCCAGCAAGGGAAAUCCUGUUGGCUAAUGGGGUCCAGUUUUCGUGUAUUGCUGACCCUAUGGUGGUCGAAUUGCUGGUCCUCCGAGAGGCUGUUUGCUGGUGUCUAGAUCGUGGCUUCACGGAAGUUAGUUUUGAGGGAGAUGCCAAAGUAAUCAUUGACAAGAUUAAUCGUGGGAAGACUGGUGAUAAUCAGAUGGGGGGCUAUUCUUGAAGAAAUAGUGUAUUGUUUUGCCUCUCGGUCUGGGUUUAGUGUGAGAUUUGUAGGUCGAUGUAGCAAUAUGGUAGCUCAUUUGGUGGCUAGAAAGACCCUUUCAUUGUCCCCGACUAUGAGUUGUUCUUUUGAUUUCCAGGUCUGACUGAACUCCAGGAUGUAACUAUUUUAUUUUUGUGAAUCAAUAUAUGAUUAUCUUUUGUAAAAAAAAUUACUAUACUAAGGCAAUAUUAUGAUUUUUGUAAAAAAAUGAGGCAAUAUUACCUAAUUUUGUAUUUUGUACCAAAAUGACCAUUUAUCUGUUAAUUAUUCCCCUUUGAUUAUUUAGAUUUUAUACUCGUGGAAAAUAUUAAUGUCAAGUAGGAAUUGCAAUGAGGUGGGAUGUGGUACCUUAGUAUUUAUACUAGUCUUGCAGUGAUUAAUUAAGAGAUGAUGGUACCUUAGUAUUUAUACUAGUCUUGCAGUGAUUAAUAAAGAGACGAUGGGCCAAACAAUAUAUAGUUGGGACAUAGGUCGAGAUAUCCCGACCUAUAAAAUAACAAGAGAAUUAUUUUUAUUGUGUUAAGAAUGAUGGGUUUGUUUUAUGUGGAUUAAGAGGAUUUUUAUUAUAUCUUGUACUAGUCAAUAUAUUUUCUUAUUUAAUUUAAUUUUCAAAGGAGACACCCGUGUAUGAAUUUGUGCAUUGCUAUUCGUCGUCCUAAAAUUUAUUAUUCGUCGCCCUAACUAAAUUAAAUUUAUCUUAAUAUCCUUUCAUUUAUUUGUAGGAUAAUUAUUAUAACUUGGCACGACCGGAAAAAAAUUUCAACGACAGCGGCGGAGGCGACGCAACCACCGGUGGCCUUUUGGGUCUGAAACUCCACAAAACCAUAACAAUUUUUGAAAUCCUAGCCCUAAAUCCCCAAAUCACAUCCACCUUCUGUCUUAUCUCUGUGUCAGUUUGCCGCCGACCUACUUGCGACUGGAUUGCUUUCAAUUGUGAUUACCGACGACUGUGUUAAAAUUAGUGUUUUAGAAAUACAUAUAUUUCAACAAUCACAAAUCCAUAAUAUUGGUAACCAAAUCAUAUCCAGACAAACUUUUUUUUUGUUAAGAGUUGAAAUGGCAAGUUUAUCAAUCUUGUUGUAUGCAUAAUGCAUUAAUGAGAUGAAUUAGUUUUGAAAAAAGAGCAUUAAAAUUUAGAUUUGAUA